AUGAAGUGUCACAAAACUGCCAUCGAGAAGACAGCAAAAUUUGCGAAAUUCCAAGUGAAUCGAACGGUUUCGGCAUGGAUCAGCUGCUGCCGCCACCCAACGGCUCGCCAGAGGAAAUCCAGGCCUGGAACGCCAUGAUGGACACCAUGGUCACUUUCAUCAAAGCGUCCACCACGCUGAUCAACACCAUCACCAGUAAAGUGCAGCCCGGCGGCCGAGCGGUCGAUUCAAAGAAAGGGGCAAAAGUUCCGCAGUUACUGGGCGGUUGCGAACCCGAAUGCGAAACCUGCCAGCCCAAACCGCCGUGCGGAAUAUGCGGCGACGACACCAAAACCCCUAGUCCAAGUCCAAAGCCGGUGGCGCAGGCUGCGCCCCCUCCAGAACCAGUGGCUGAAGCACCCCCACAAGCCCCAGAAGAAAAUGCGGAUGCUCCAACGGAAACCGAGGAGGCUUCGGAAGCCCCGGAAGAUGCAGCCCCCGCUGCAGAUCCAGCCCCUGCCGAGUCUUCCGGGGUGGUUGCUGAUGCUGCCCCUUCGCAAGCCGGAGGCACCAAAAAGUGCAACUGCGCUGCCAUUCGGGCGCAACGCUUGGCCGAUGAGAAAAAAGAGCGGUGUUCGUGCUCGCGAAAAGGACGCACUGAGGAACCAAUUGAGGAGAAGCAGGAGGACGAGGAAGACGCGGAGGCCAUGUGCGGUUGCGGCGCCACGGAGGGCAACACUGAGGCCCUGAUGAGGGACAUGGUGCAGAAACUGGACAACGCCCAGCAGGAAAUCGCCAAGUUGCAAGAGGAAAUGGCCAGACUGUAUCGCAUGGAUGCGUCGAAGCGGAUUGGGCCGCAUGGUGGCCCCAAUCCGGCCGCCCUUUACCGCGAGAUUAUGAGGGACAGUGACGUGCCAGCGCAGCGCUCAAUUAGCCAUAGGAGACCUCCAUCAAUGUGCAUUCCUUGCGAUGACCCCAACGCUAGCAGGUUUGCUGGGGACACCCCAGCCAUGCCCUCCGCCCCCAGGGGCCUUAUGAGGCCAGCCCCAAUGCAAGGCAGAUCGCCGUUCUACACUCCGCCUCAGCCCCCAUGCCGGCGAGCCCCCAGGGCUGAAAUGUCCAUGUAUGGCAGCUCGUACGAUCCUGGUCCUGGCAGGGUGCAACCGCCCUUAUAUCCGCAAAUUAAUCCUGAAUCAAGUCCCGACUAUUGGCGCCGCUCGGAGGAGUUUGAGGAAAGAGGAGCGCCACAGAGGAAAAUGGUGGUUUGCCCAUCGCUUAAGGCCCCUGCUCAAGAACCUCCGCCCAGGAGGAUGUUGGUUUGCCGUCCCCCUCCUGCCAGGCCUCCUCAUGGAGGUUGCGACCCCAACAAUUGCCGGCUGGACAGCAACUGAUUCUGAACGGUUUCCGACUUGUGGUGUGCUGAUGUGGAUGUUUUUUGUGUCAAUAAAUCAUAUUUUGGGCAUAUGCAA